GCCCAGCAAGGGCCGCACCGGCCGGGGCCCGCGGGCCGCGCCGCACCGGUUAAUAAUUGUGGUCUUCAGCUGGUUAUCCAGACCUCAUCAAUACCAGAUAAGAGCAAACCAUUUGAAUUCAGGAUAAAUAAAGAACCGUCAUCUUUCCACAACAGACUGCUGCAGCAUGAUCUGGAAAAAAACUAUUCAGGAAGACAAGAUAACACAAAUUUUGGGAGCAGUUCAUCAAUAACAUUUCCUGUAUUGCAACGCACUGCUGAGGAAAAAAUCCUGAACUCUGAUAGACUUACCCUGGAAAGGCAAAAACUGACAGUGUGCCCAGUUAUCGAUGGGGAAGAUCAUCUUCGUCUUUUGAAUUUCCAACAUAACUUUAUAACUCGGAUCCAAAAUAUUUCUAAUCUUCACCACCUUGUUUUCUUAGAUUUAUAUGAUAAUCAGAUCGAGGAAAUAAGUGGGGUUUCAACUUUGAGAUCCCUGAGAGUCCUUUUGUUGGGAAAGAACAGAAUAAAGAAGAUCUCAAAUCUGGAGAACCUAAAAAACCUUGAUGUUUUAGAUCUCCAUGGAAAUCAGAAAGAUGUGGAUACUUUGCCCUGUCUCCAGCGUCUCUUCCUCAGCUUCAACAAUAUAUCUAGUUUUGAGGAUAUUCUGUGCCUUGCUGAUUCCUCAUCUUUGUCAGAUAUCACCCUUGAUGGCAAUCCAAUAGCUCAGGAGACAUGGUACAAACACACUGUUCUCCAUCAUAUGAUGCAGCUCCGACAGCUAGAUAUGAAGAGAAUCACAGAAGAAGAAAGACGUAUGGCCUCUGUUGCAGCAAGGAAAGAGGAAGAAAGGAAGCGUGAAAGCCAUAGACAGACCUUGCUUAAGGAAAAGAAGCGGUUAACGAUUUGUAACAUUGCUCGUCAGUGGGAGAUCCAGCAGAACAGAACAGCCCUUGAGGCUUCUUUAAACCAGGAUAAGGACAGUGAGCCCUGUCAGAUCAAUGGCAGUGCUGCAUAUGUAUUUCCUGAGGAAAGCAGGUCUCUUGAUGCAAUUUUGAGCAGUGCAGUACAAGGCUUGUCUGUUCUAGAGUCUCACUUAGUGGAAGUGGAAGGGGACACUCUUGGCUUGUAUGGUGCAGGAGCACUGGAGUGCCUGGAUCGGAACUGGAGUGUUCAAACAGCUGGAAUUAUUGUCACAGUCUCCUUUAUGUUUAUAGAAUUUGAUGAAAUUGUUCAAGUGUUGGCAAAACUGAAGAUGAAAUUCCCUAACUGUGUGCACCUGAAGUUCAAGGAGACAAACCUGGUGGCGCUGCAGCAGUUCAACGCCCUGGCCGAGGUGCAUCGCAUGGAGCAGCUGACGGUCGAUCCUCAGGGAAACCCGGUGGUGAACUUCACCCUGUGGAAAUCCUAUGUGCUGUUCAGGCUGAACCACUUCAAUCUGCAGAAGAUAAAUGGAGUGAAGGUCACUGAAGAUGAUGUUGUAAAGGCAGAAAGGCUCUUUGGCAUCCUGGCAUAUGUAGCAUCUUCUGAGCUGCCACAUUAUCGUGUACUUUCAUUAUUUGGAGAAUCCAGGAGGAAGCAAUUCCAUUAUCUGCUAGAGGGAAAGGGCAAGAAAUCUGGGGCUGGGAGUGAGGAAAGUAGUGAUAACAGAAGAAAUGGAGGGGAAAGCACAACUCGAGCAACAUUGAAUUACAUGACAAAGGACUUCCAUAUGGAAAAGCUUGAGGAAAUCAAGGAAAGGAAAACCUUUUGCCGGACAUACGUGGAGAACUUGGUGAAGGAGGCAGCUGACAUCAACCUGAAGAACGAGUCGCUGCAGAAGCUCUGGCCUCAGCUGUUCAUCGAGCUCGUCAGGGAUGCAGUGGUAGAAAUCCGCAAUAAAAAUUCCUACAUGAAGCUCUGCUUGCAGAGGAUCACUGAGCAGAAACAGUAGAGCCAAGGAGUGUUGUCUUGCAAACUUUUGGGAUCAGUGUUCCGUCAUGUUUUACAAACUUCAUCCAGUAGAAUAUAAAGUUACCAUCACUAUGGCACACUUCACCUCCCCACCCAAAGGGAUGCCUUUAGAUCUUAAUCAACUGUCAAUAAUUUUGAAAUACAAGUUUACUUUCAUACUGCUUCAACAGUGCUUCCUUGGCCAACUAAAGCAGUGAGAUAGCAUUGGUGAGGUAACUCGGUGAUUGUCGUGUUUUACUAAGUUAUUGUUUAUUUUUUUCUGCUACCCUUGAUUCUGUACUGCUACAGCAUUGAUUUUUGAGGAACAAAUUUACAAUGCUUGCCUUAUUUUUUUAUUGAACACUUUUCAAUUGUCACCUUUUUGACUGCUGCUGUUUAGGAAAAAAAAAUCAAAAAUAGUAGCUGAUUUUUUUUAUGACCAAAAGCUAAUAAAUUAUUUUUACACCCUAAACUCGAUGAAGACUUAUUAGUGUUGCUUAACCUGUGAGAUUAUAGAACACUUUUUCACAUCAGUGUCAUGAGUGCUCAGAAUAUUGACAUUUAAUGAACCUGAUUCUCAAUUGAACAGAUUGCCCAAACUUGAUUUCAAAUGUUUUUCAUUAAUUUCACUAAUAAGUUUGUGUGAAUUAUUAUCGGUAAAAUAUGAACUCAAGGUAGCUCACUUAAGCUUUAUUUUUGUUGUGUUAAAAUAUGUUAAUAUAAUUUAUUUUGUUUCUUGAUUACUAAGUUAUUUACUUCUGAAGUUUGCCAAGAUCAAAGGAGCUAAAGUGCAUGCAUUACAUUUGGUAAGGAGACUGAUGACUACUAUUGAGUUGUAAUUUAUUUCUUUGUGACUGUGUGAAAAUUCCAUAUUUUCAAUAAAAAUAAAUUCUUCAAUUUUACCCUUCA